GCAUUGAAAUUAUAGACCUGUGUUUACAUCACGACAAAAAAAUGAUAUUUUAACUGCGCAGAACGUGCGCAGUGUGUACAUUAGAUUAUUAAACUUAGCAAUUUAGAUUACUUAAAGGUAUUUCGCAUAUAACAGCUGUUGCAUCACGAGGAAAGGUAUCAGUUUUGAGGCAUCGUCUAUUGAUGAUGCGUCCAUAACCUAGUCUAGUGCAUUAGAAGAAAUAUGAUUGAGCAACUGAAACAGAAAUGUUGGAAACUAAUGUUAAUGAUGAACAACCGAAGAACAAGACCUUUCUACAAAACUUGGCUGUUAUCACCCAGUCCUGCCUCUCUCAUGAUGAUAAGAAGGUCACAGCCUCUCAAUAAUCAUAUAUUUAGUGUGAGCCGAAUACUAAUUGCCUCAGACUUUACUUGCACUCAUCGUUGAGCAGUUGUCUCUCCAAAUAAGACUGAACACUAAUUUAUUGUUUAAUUUAAUUUAAUCAUGGAAGUUGUUAAGAAUUACCCCUUGGCUAAAGCCUUCCUAGCUGGUUCCUUUUCUGGAACCUUCUCCACCAUCCUCUUCCAACCAUUGGAUUUGGUGAAGACACGCCUACAGAAUCCAACUUCCGCUAUUCUCAAUGCUAGAGCCGGAACUGGAAUGGUCACGAUUUUCGCUACGAUUGUACAACAGGAACAUUUACGAGGAUUAUGGCGAGGCAUGGCUCCGAGCAUCACGCGUUGCGUGCCCGGAGUUGGAUUAUACUUCUGCUCGCUGGACUACCUCAAGACCAAAUUCUUUGAAGAUCGUACUCCGGGGGCUUUGCAAUCGGUGGCCCUUGGGAUGUUCGCUAGGUGCAUGAGCGGUGUAGCUCUGAUUCCGAUCACCGUUGUUAAAACUAGAUACGAAAGCGGUGUCUACGGAUACAACGGAGUUGCUUCUGCUCUCAAAGAGAUCUACAAAACAGAGGGCUUUAAAGGCAUGACCUGCGGCCUUAUCCCGACACUCUUCAGAGACGCUCCUUUCUCCGGUUUAUACCUCAUGUUCUAUACCCAAAGCAAACAAAUGAUCCCAGAAGAUUUGUUAAAUACGCAUUACGCAACUCCCAUGCACUUCACCUGCGGUAUUACAGCUGGAAUUCUGGCCUCGGUGGUGACCCAACCUGCUGACGUUCUGAAGACCAAAAUGCAACUGUACCCUAACAAAUUCAAUGGCAUUUGGUCCGUGAUGGUCUAUGUUCAUGGAAAGUACGGCGUACAGGGCUACUUUAAGGGAAUGGUUCCUCGCAUGCUGAGGAGGACCUUGAUGGCAGCCAUGGCGUGGACAGUCUAUGAAUCCAUCACGAAGAGCAUUGGAUUGAAAUGAACCCAUAGUCAGAUUCUGCAUAUACAUUGGGAUAUAUGUAUAUGGAGAAUGAAUGUUGUGAAUGUUGAUGUUCUAACGAACAACGAACAAACCUUUUAGAGGUCUCUUGUUCACUAACAAUGAUAGUUAAAAAUUCUAAAUUGGAUGAAAUUAUUGUUGACAUUGGCUGUGUUUUUGUUAUAUGUUAUGUAUAAUCAAUUUUUACCAGUGAAAAAUUCUAAUCAGAUGUUU